AUGAGAGUCAUAGGCAUAGGCCGUGACCCCUCGCCCAGCAGCACCAGCUACCCGCUCGUGCUGGAUCGCGAUACCUUUGAGAGGCUCGUCGAACUCGAGCUGAAGCAGCGAGAAAACUACGCCAGCGAUCCGAGAAAGGCCUUGGCAGAUUUCUGGAGCCCCGGGAGCAUCCGAGGGCCCGGUGGAAUUGAGGCGCCAAAGUCGACCCCACAGACGCAUUGGUUUGCGGUCUAUCGGCCCACCAGCCGUGAUGCCCUCGCGAAGAUGCUCAACCAAACAGCUGUGGGCAAAGGGCUCAACGUGAAGGGAAAGUCUGCCAAGAGGAACCGCCUGUCUGGCUUUGUGCCGUUUCUGCAAAUCCACGACAACUCAGACAAAGGCAAGAUUGAGGACUCGCCCGCCAAUGCCUUUGUAACGAUCUACUACGACUCAAAGCAGAAUCGGGAGAUCGCACUGCAGGAGAUGAGAGACGUAGCCAACAGUCGGACCGGGCAACUGGCGAAGGCGAUCUCCAUGGAUGAUUCCUAUCCAGAUGCCUUUGGGGCGCGUGUGCCAGAAAUAUUGAUGCGGAUUGUCUACAUCGACAAGCAGGACAUUCAGUUCCAGGCAGGCUGGGAGACAGGCCGCCACUCUGAACCUGCUUUCAUGGACAUGAAUCUGCAUGCUGUCCGGGACGAGACCAGCAAUCCACGAGUGGUUCUCUACCAAUAUGAUGCGACGAACCCGAUGAAUCCACACGGACUUCUGAUCGCUUAUGCAGAGGAGUGGACCGCGCCACACAGCAGCAAAGUGGUUCGGACUGUCAAGCCUGUCGUCUCGGACUUCGACACCUUCACUGUGG